AUCAUGCAAGGUCAAUGGUGGGAAGUAACACCCAGAUAUGUACAUAUGGUUCUACACACUCCUCCAGCCAGGUAUAAAAUGAGCAGUAGGGAAGGUGAUCAUUACAUGCAUGUUAAGGCACAGUUGACAGGGUACUACAAACUAUCAACCAAUCAGAGUCAAAAUGGCAAAAUACAAGGUGACUGUGCACACACACAACAUCGCAACUGGCACCACGUUGAACAACGUCUUCAUCAAGCUGAUUGGUGAAAAUGGAGAGAGUAAGCGCACGUGGCUCACUAGCUUGAAGGGACUCUUCUAUCAAGACACAGGGUCUCGUGAAUUCGACGUGGUGUGCCCCUCCUCCAUCGGCAAGCUGGUGCUGAUAGAGCUGGACAAACAGCCCCUCCCACUCUUCCCCCUGGAUGCCUGGUUCCCAUCCAAAGUUGUCGUGAAGACGCCAGAGAGAGACACAUGCCAGUUCCCCAUCUACCGUUGGAUUAUGGACAAGGAAGUGCACCUGUUCAGAGAGGGCACAGCUAAAAGGCUCUGUGAUGAAACUAAUCAUCUUGCCAGGUACAGCAGGGAACUGGAGAUGAAGAUGAGAGCUGAGCUGUACUGCUGGGAUACCUACAAGGAGGGUUUCCCCGGCAGCAUGAAGGCAGACAACCCUCUGGAUCUUCCCAGCGAGAUCCAAUUCUCGUUCACCAAGGCCACCCAGUUCCUCUUCACCGCCGCCACCGGGAUCACUGAGCUGAAACUGAAGGGGUAUUCUGACAGCAAGAAGAGCUGGAAAAACAUUGAUGAAAUCAGCAAAGUCUUCUGCUGCAAUAGAACUGUCAUCUCAGACUACGCACAGGAGCACUGGAAGGAAGACGAGUUUUUCGGAUACCAGUAUCUGAACGGCUGCAACCCCAUGUUGAUCCGUCGCUGCUCGGAGUUGCCGGCAAAUUUCCCCGUCACAGGAGACAUGGUCAAGCCCUCUCUUCGUGGGUCGUCCAGCCUCAUAAGGGAAUUGCAGAGCGGCAACAUAUUCCUGCUUGACUACAAGAACCUGGAUGGAUUAAAGGCAAACGUGAUCCAUACGAAAAAACAGUACAUGGCGGCUCCUCUGGUUCUGCUCUACAGAACCCCUGAUGACAAGCUGGUUCCCAUCGCCAUCCAGCUGAAGCAGAAGCCUGCAAAAGACAACCCCAUCUUCCUUCCUACUGACUCUGAGUAUGACUGGCUCCUGGCCAAGAUCUUUGUGAGGAGCGCUGACUUUCAAGAGCACCAGCUCAACGUCCACCUGCUGCGCACUCACCUCCUGGCUGAGGUGUUCGCUGUAGCACUGCUGCGCAACAUGCCCAUGGUGCACCCCCUCUACAAGCUUCUGAUUCCACACACCCGCUACACCCUCCAGAUCAACCUCUUGGCCCGGGCAUUUCUAAUAGCUGAUGAAGGAGUUUUCACUCAGUUUGCUGCUUCGGGCGGAGAGGGGAUGAUUGAGAUCCUGAGGAGAUCUGUGGCCUCAUUGACCUACAGCUCCCUCUGUAUGCCGGAAGACAUCACUGCACGAGGUCUGGAGUCAGUCCCCAACAACUACUACAGGGAUGAUGGACUCAAGAUGUGGGACAUCAUCCACAGGUUUGUAGAGGAAGUGAUUAGUUUCUAUUACAAGAGUGACUCAGAGGUCCGGGAAGAUCAGGAACUACAGAACUGGAUCAAGGAUAUCUUUGACCAUGGCUUCCUGGCCCAAGAAUGCACAGGAAUCCCUCAGUCUUUCUCCACUGUGCCAGAGGUUGUCAAGUUCGUCACCGUGGUGAUCUUCACCUGCUCAGGCCAACAUUCUGCUGUCAACUCUGGACAGUAUGACUAUGGUGGCUGGAUGCCCAACACCCCCAUCUCCCUGCAACAGCCACCUCCCACCACUAAGGGGCAGUCUACUGAGAGCACCACUGAGACCUUGCCAGAUGUCGGCACAACAGCACAGG